CUCGUUGAUAAAUAUAUACAUAUACAGGCUCGUUGCUAGACAUUUAUGGGAGUGGCAGAGUCUCGUCCGAGGCAUGUGAUGAAACUCUGACAACUGCAAGAGUAUUUUUUUUCGAUCUUCCAUCGGGAUUGAAGAUUUGACUCCCGGUCUAUCACGUUAGAGCUCGUGGUUGUGCUCAUCGAGAUGGCUGUCAUGUACUCUGGCCUGAUGGGUUUCUGCAGUAUGAUGGUGGGAGCGAGUUUGAUGCUCUUAAUGCAUCCGGUGGAUGCUGCCAGACGCAGCGUUUGGAGUAUUCCGUCGAGUUCUGGUUUUCAGCCUUUCAAUGUCACAGUUUCUGACGGCCCUCCAUUGAUCGAUGCAACGACUGUCACCACUGUCGUGAGCGUAGGCCUUCUAGGCUUGCGAAAAGAUUUGGUGAACACGGCAGUCACUUCUCCCCCCGUCCCGAGUUUGAGGGUCCAAUUGAAUUUUCCGACUCUUCCCACUCUUCCCAAUCCGGUCUCUCAACUCUGUAACGUCACCUCAAUCCUUCCUAAUGCCCUGAAGUCUAUCGUCUCGUCUAUCACUGAUCAUCUCAAACAAUCUCGGAUUCCGAUACCACAAGUUCACUUACCUGCUCGUUCUCCCAUUUCCAAAUCAAUAGCUCCUUCUCCUUCUUCUGAUCCAUUGACUUCUCUUCUCGAUGCCAUUCAAACCUUCUUGAAGUCCAUCUUACCUCCAAGUACUUAAACCUCGUCAUCCUUCUCCAACCAUUUCUCUUUCUCAUCUUAUAAAGUUUCUGAAUCGGCCUACAGCCAUCCGAUCCAUAUCGACGAUCUGACCACCACGGCUUCCAUGAAUUCAACUGCAAUAUACGUGAUCUCGAAAAUGCCAGCAACAGGGCCUCGUGGCAUUCCAAGAGGCUGAUCACAACCUCUUGGAAUCAUUCCAAGAGGUUGUGAUCAGCGGAAGGACUUCGGACUUAUUACAGUACAAUGUAAGGUUGAUAUACAUCAGCAGCAGUUCAUAAGGGUACUACUAACAAGUUUCUCACAGUGAGAACAUGGCUGCUGUACAUUCAGGGGUUCAGUUUCAAGCUGCUUUAAAAGGUUAAUAAGAUCCUGCGACGUCUCGGCGAAAAUCGAAGCUCAGGUCGAAUGUAGGAUGUGGAAAGAUUAGUCAGCGCAGGACGGACCAGGACUAUCUGUCGGUUUGCUCGUAAUAAAAUUAUCGAGUAAGUUCCUCAUAACACUUAUUGUUCCCGUGCUUGCACCUGCAGCAUGGAGAACGUUUUCCUCUCAGGCUGUGAUUUUCAAUCUGAAAAAAGUGUCUUCCUUCACACACUCCAGCGUGCUGUGAUCGAUAUCUUCGAAUCUGUAACCAACAAUCUAUAUGUUAAUAAUUCCAUUCUGGUUUGGUGAAUCCACCAAACCUCAGUUUGUACGACAAACUUUAGCAUCCAGAAGUCGGUGAUUGUCAGGAUGACACAUGCAAUAAGCGAAGGUAAUGAGAUCUCAAUCAACUUCGAUGCAGUACUCUUGCCUGA